GUGGUCCAGUCCCCCCGGGGCGUCCUGCACGCUGGGGCCCGGGGUGUCCUUCUCAGGUCCUUGUGCCCUGCACUCCUGGGCUCUGGCACCGCGAGGGGCACGGAGACUGCCACGAGCCCUUCGCCCCCUUGGCCCGCGAAGCGCGGGCAGGGCCGGCCCUCCGCUCCCGCCGGCGUUGACUCUUCUUUGUCUCCCACUUCCUCCCUCCGCCCCCAAGGGAAGGGCCCCCACUUUCACGGAGUGUCCGCCGUGUGCCGGGCGCUUUGCCUGCAGUAGCGCGGGUGGUCCCCUCAAUCGUGAUGUUAGGAGGCGGCUUUGUGCCCGUUUCGCAGAUGAGGAAACCGGGAGGAGCAGAGAAGCAAUGUGACUUGCCCAAGGUCUCUCGGCAAGAGAAUGACCGAGCUGGGAUCCAAACCUGGGUGUAGAAGGUUCACUUCCCAAAUCUGGGGUCGUCGCUCAGCGCGGCCAAUAGAAUUCACACCGAACCAGGCUGAGAGGGAAAAAAGGGUUUAUUCACCUUAGCGGGAGGACAGGGGAAGCUUUCCUACAUUUCUGGGAAGUGUUUCUUCAGGUGGUUUUUAUACCCAUUGGAGACAAAGAGAGGUAAUCAUUUUACAGGUAACAGGUCUGGAGAAUUUCACUGUUAGUCAUUUACUUCAAGAACUAGGUGGCACCUGUGAAAGUGUCUGGGGAGCUAGGUGAAAAGGUUUUAUUUGUAAUGGGUUUUAUUUCUGUCUGGGAGGUCUGGGGACCAUAGGUGAAAGCUUAUUUAAAUCUGGAUGCAGACUCUAUAUUUACAUAUGGCUCCUUUGUGGGACAAGUUUUCACUUUUAGUCUUCACCCCCUGCUUACUAAGUUUACAUUUAAAAGCUGCUUUAGGUUACAUUUUAAGGUUCGUUUACAAUUUCCUACUUGCUUACAGUUUUAAGGUUAUAUUUUAAAACUCAUUGUAACACAGGUCUGUGUCACGGCAGAGCUCAGGGUGUUUCCACUGCACUGCGUUGUCUGGUUGGCAGAAGCCGCAGGGUAUUUCCGGUCCUCCUGUUUGCCUCCCCUGACUGCACAUGAACAAUUAGACACACGUUGAGGGUGGGGAACGGGGAGAGGGUGGGGAGGUUAUGUGACGGCCAGCUUGGGGUAGAGAGUGGCUGAUGCAAUGAGGGGUAAUGGCUCUUUUCUGCAGAGGGCCUCAUUGUCUCGACCUGCCCUUUCGCACCCCCACCCCUUCCCACACACCCCACCCCUUGGGCAUUUCCAAAGAGGUUGGUCAAGAGGCUCUAGUGUUUCUGAGAAGCAGAGUGAUUUCUAAGAAACCCCCAAGUGCGGGUAGCUGAAGGGUGGGGUAAACAGAAAAGAGAAGAAUCUUAAAAGGGAAACUGAAAGAAAGAGUGGACAACUAUUAAAGACCUCUGACUGCACCAGGCAUCUUAGCUACUCAGCUGCCCAGCGGGAGCGGUGACCACCUCUGCAGCAUCUCCCUCAACUUGGUCUCAUCUCAACCACUGAUCUCAUCUCGACCACUAAGCAAAUCCUCCAACACUCUCACCAGCCGCACACCUAGGCCCUGGAAAAUGGCGGAUGUGCCCAGUGGCGAGCCCUGCGCCUCUGCGCCGGAGCUGUUGAACAGCAUAGCUGCCCAGGAGGAGCGUGUGAGAUCCCUCAAAGCCAGAGAGGCGUCAAAGGAUGAAAUUGAUUCUGCAGUAAAGAUGUUGCUGUCAUUGAAAAUGAGCUACAAAGCUACAAUGAGGGAGGACUGUGAGGCUAACUGCCCUCUGGGGAACCUGGCACCCAGGAGUCCUAGUGGCCCAGAGGCCCCCGAAACCGAAGAGGAUUUUGUGGACCCAUGGACAGUACAGACCAGCAGUGCAAAAGGCAUUGACUAUGACAAGCUCAUUGUUCGUUUUGGAAGUAGUAAGAUUGACAAAGAGCUGAUAAACCGAAUAGAGAAAGCCACGGGCCAGCGACCCCACCACUUCCUGCGCAGAGGCAUCUUCUUCUCACACAGAGAUAUGAAUCAAGUUCUCGAUGCCUAUGAGAACAAGAAGCCAUUUUAUCUGUACACAGGCAGGGGCCCCUCUUCCGAAGCCAUGCACGUUGGUCACCUCAUCCCAUUUAUUUUCACAAAGUGGCUGCAGGAUGUGUUUAACGUGCCCUUGGUUGUCCAGAUGACGGAUGAUGAGAAGUACCUGUGGAAGGACCUCACCCUGGACCAGGCCCACGGCUAUGCCGUGGAGAACGCCAAGGACAUCAUCGCCUGCGGUUUUGACAUAAAGAAGACUUUCAUCUUCUCUGACUUUGACUACAUGGGGAUGAGCCCAGGCUUCUACAGGAAUGUGGUGAAGAUCCAGAAGCAUGUUACCUUUAACCAGGUGAAAGGCAUUUUCGGCUUCACCGACAGUGACUGCAUUGGGAAGAUCAGUUUUCCUGCCAUCCAGGCUGCUCCCUCCUUCAGCAACUCCUUCCCGCAGAUCUUCAGAGGCAGGACAGACAUCCAGUGCCUCAUCCCGUGUGCCAUCGACCAGGACCCUUACUUCAGAAUGACGAGGGACGUCGCCCCCCGAAUCGGCUAUCCUAAACCAGCCCUGCUCCACUCGUCCUUCUUCCCUGCCCUGCAGGGAGCCCAGACCAAAAUGAGUGCCAGUGACCCCAACUCCUCCAUCUUCCUCACGGACACGGCCAAGCAGAUCAAGACCAAGGUCAACAAGCACGCGUUUUCUGGAGGGAGAGACACCGUUGAAGAGCACAGGCAGUUCGGGGGCAACUGUGAGGUGGAUGUGUCCUUCAUGUACCUGAACUUCUUCCUUGAGGAUGACGACAAGCUCGAGCAGAUCAAGCAGGACUAUACCAGCGGAGCCAUGCUCACCGGCGAGCUCAAGAAGACGCUCAUAGAAGUUCUGCAGCCCUUGAUCGCCGAGCACCAGGCCCGGCGCCAGCAGGUCACGGAUGAGAUUGUGAAGGAGUUCAUGACUCCCCGGAAGCUGACCUUCGACUUCCAGUGAUGCUUAUUUUAUAUCUGCAUGUAAAGAGGUAUAAUUUAUCAAAAAAUCCCAGCCCAGUUGAAUCACCCUACCCGUAGGCUUCUGUUAAAUGGUAAUUAUUGGGCCUGGGUCUGUAAGCCCCAUGUGUGUCAUAGACCCUGUUUCUUCCUGUGAAUUCCGUGUCUGUCUCGUGUGGGUUCUUGGGAGCUGGCAAAUGUCACAUGGUCAAAGCUAAGUCCAACUGUGAGUCUCACCCACAAACCUCCACAAGGGCUUAGGAGCUUUGGUUGGCAGGUCACGGCCUCCUGCUGGCUCAGGUAUUUGUGUGACUACCAAGCUGGGCCAAGCUUGUUUUGCGCCGUGAGAGGACUAUCCAUUUAAAAACAUCUUUAAGGUUUCAGAAAUAGUCUUAAAACCUGCGUAUGAGAGGUGUAUGCUGUGUAUGCAUAUCUGGAAUCAAAGGGCAUUGUUAUAAAACUAAAGAGUGCUUUAAAAGAUUGAUCUGAGGAAGAUUAAUGGGCACAAGAUGUAUUUUAGUCCGUGUCAAAAAAAGAAUUGAGAGCUAAAAGCUUGGCUUUGCUAUCCAUUUAACUAAGAAAUCUCCCAACUUUAAAGUUGAUUUUAACAUUGAAUGUUGGAUAGAGCUGGCCAAUUUUAUUAAUCCAAGUCUUUUGUGGGCGAAGCUUUGCAGUUUACUUACUGAACUGCAGACCGUGCAUGUAUUCUACUUUGGAAAUGAUGUUCUUUCCCCUUAACAUUAAUAUUUUUUUCACCGAGUGAUCAUUAGACACUCCAGCCCUGACGGAAACCAGUGGUCACUGUACUUCUGAUUGUGUGUGAUGCUGAGGAGAGUGUGUUGCCUUUCAGAUCCUUUUGUUUAGACGCUUGACUACACUGGAAGUCUGCACAGAGCGCUGACUGGCUGUGUCCCUGGGUGGGUGGAAUGGUCGUUUCGGGGGAUGUAGCUAGAAGGAAGAGGGCACGGCAGCCCUCUGAAGUCCUCAGCAGUGUGUCCUUGGGCAGCCCACCUUUAAUUGUGCAAAGUGUAGUUUGAGAAAAGCAGAAGGCACAUCUCAGGGAAAGCCCUUGGUUGAAGUUUGUCCAUCUGAAGGCACUGGGUCCACCCUGGGUGCUCUGCCCUCAUGUUACUCACUGGCAUAAAUAAAAUUGCUUUGCUCCUGUC